AGAAGGAAUUACUUCAUACAGUGUGUUUAGAAUUGCUUUACCAUGAAACCGCCUACGAAGAAGCAGAAUUCAGGAUUCAGCGACCUUCCAGAUGGUGCUGUUCAUAACGUUCUUGAUUUCCUCGGGAUGAGGGACAUUGCGAGAUUAUGCGUCGUAUCAAAAAGAUGCCGAGAGUUGUGCAUUUCAAACCCUAAUUUGUGUUUGAGUAACAUCGAAGACAAAUCAGGUGGACCUCACUUCUACAGCUUUGUGGAUAGGUUCAUGGCUCUCCGCUGCUUGCAUGGGGUGAUGACGGAUCGCUUUGCGAUCCGUUGGUCUUUCGAAGGAAGCGUUGUUGAUCAAGACGAAGAAUACUACCGGGUGGAGACGUGGUUACAGCACGCAGUAAACCAGGGCAGCGUUGCAGGAGUUCGCCUGAAAUUCUUUCUCCUCGGUCGUCAACACUUUUCCUUGCCGCUUUGUGUUCUGCGUUGUAAUUCCGUAACGUUCCUGGACAUCGACGCCGAAAAUGCCCUUCUCAAAUUACCCUCAGCUCCUCCCUAUUUUGCUUCAGAGCUACAGAGCUUACAAUUACGCCACGUUCAAAUCGAAAACAACUGCAAUUGCAAUUUGGGUGAAUUGCUUUCAUCUUUCAAGUCCCUCAAGGUAUUGAAGCUUGACAAAAUUAGCGGGAUAAAGGCUAUGACUAUCACCAGCUCGUCUAUUGAGAUUUUAUCGAUUGUAAGCGUUGAUAGUCACCUCUGCGAUGUUGAGAUUCAGCAGCUUCACAAACUCUAUGAACUUAAUCUAGUCUGGUUUCCCAAAUCCUCCAGUAGUACAUCACUGAAAAUCUCUGCUCCCAAUCUCCAAACAUUUCAAUGGAGUGGAAUUACUGUCGAUGACUAUUGUAUGAGGGAUUCGCCAGAUCUUUUGCAGGCUCUAAUUGGUCUUCAUCUACCUGCUCAAUCGAAGGGGAAUCCAGAUUCGACCAAGAAUAACUUGGUUAAGAUUCUUCACAGCGUACAAAAGGCUAGACAUCUAAAACUAUAUGGUUGUUUUGUUGAGGCUUUACUUAAGCAUGGUUGCUUGCCAUUUUCAUUUGAUAAUGUUGAGCAUUUGACUGUGAUAAGAAGUUCAAGUGGUGACCAAGUCCUACCAUUGUCCUCCCUUCUCAGAGGAACAACUAAUCUAAAGCUUCUCAGUCUACACGUUUGUGCUAGUGUGACAAACUCAAUGCCUUCGAGUGAGCUUCCAUUUAAGAUGGAAUAUUGGCAAUCUCAAAACUUCAUGUUUACUCAUCAACUGAAAAAAGUAGUUGUGCAUCUUUUUGAUAAAGAGAAUGAAAUAGAACUAAUCAAAUAUUUGCUCACGAAUGCACAAGAAUUGGAACUGAUGACCAUUUUGUAUUCAUCACCACUAUCAUCAUCAGAUGUCAUUAUUGAGUUAAAAAAGUUCAAGAAGCCUUCAACAAAAUUGAUUCUAUAUUCAUCAUUGGAUAACCACCGUCAUCAUCAGAGUCAUUACUGAGUUAAGAAAGUUCAAGAAGCUUUCAACAAAAUUGAUUCUAUA